CGCUUUCUAUGAUGAUUCAGAACUAGAGAAUGGCGUUCUCUCACGCGAUUUGUGCGAUGAUCACGUUUCAUUUUUUUGGAGCGGAUCCUAUAUUUCAUCGCGGUGUUCCUUCACUGAUCGUUCGUUCCUUCACCUGCGCCCAGUCGCUUCCUUGAGUGCUUAGAUUACACAUCGGUAGUUGUUGGCUACUUUAUUACUGUUUGUUCAUAUUGCAUAUUACCAAAGCACAGAAACGGACACAUAUCCCACGAUUGCCGGCAUCGACGUUAUUGCACAACCAACCACGUACAGACCUGGCCUGAUACCAUGUCGCCCACAGUCCCAAACCCCAGAUUGCGCGGAUCGCGGCAAGAGAUCAUCAUGACAACCUGCUUCAUAUCAAACCUACAUUGCCCGUCAUGUGUCGAAGGUAUUAAAGCUUCUUUGGGCGCACUUGAGCCCGCACCAGAGGAGAUUGUUACUUCUAUUGUUUCCCAUUCCGUUGUUGUACGCCACACAGCAUCCAUCGCCGUCGAAGAUAUUUUAGGAUCUCUUGAGGCUGCUGGAUUCGAGAUGCAUAGUGUUUUCCAGGACGACAAACCGGUCUACGACCCAAAAAUUCACCAAGAGCACAGCAAGGAGUGGCACACGAGCUUGGAGCACGCGGUCUCAGAUUGGCUCCACCCUAGAGGCCUUGACAGCUCGAACAACGAUAUGCGCAAGAAAGAGUUGCAUUUGGAGAAAUGCGAACAAUGCAAGAGAGAACAUGGAGGAAUUAGCCUGGACAUCAACCACGAGGCGGGGCUUCCAUUUAAGCCAGAGCCUAUUGUUACUACCUCGCCGAAGGCUAGCUUAAAUGGUUCCGCAUCAUUCAAGCAUGAGUCACCCAGUCCCGAACCGUUUGUCACAGUCGAGCCUACCACUGCCGUAUACAAAGCUACCUUGGCCCUAUCUGGAAUGACAUGCUCUUCAUGUGUCAGCGCUAUCACGCAUGCUGUACAGCAGCAUCCAUGGGUCCUGUCAAUUGACGUCAAUCUUUUGACAAGUAGCGGCGUGGUGGUUUUUAAUGGAAAACACAGAAGUGAAGAAGUUAUCGAAACAAUAGAAGAUUGUGGUUUUGAUGUUUCCAUGGAAAAACUGGAGGAGAUCCAAAGCAUAUUAUCAGCGACCAGAACAAACUCGAGAUCUCAAUGGGAGACAUGGCGCGCAACUUACGCUCUUGGAGGGUUGACUUGUGCUGCUUGCGUCGGAAAUGUGAAUAGAGCACUGGAACCGCACACAUGGAUCGAGCAGGUGGACAUCAACCUCAUAUCAAACAGUGCCACCAUAAUCUUCAAGGGUAAAAAGCACCUGCCAGAAAUUAAGGAGAUUAUUGAAGAUGCUGGCUACGAGGCAAGGCUUGAUAAGGUACUUCCUGUUGAGUCCGUAACAGAGGAGGCUACCAAUCGAUCCGUUGCAAUACAUAUCGACGGAAUGUUCUGCCACCACUGCCCGGCGAAUAUCACCAGCAAGUUGACUGAGGCUUUCAGCGAACAUUACUCUUUCGAAGUUGAUGGUCCAUCUUUGACACUUCAAUCACCCAUGCUUCGCAUCAAAUACAAUCCAGAAUCUCCCCAAUUCACGAUUCGGACAGUCUUCGACAAGAUCAGGAGCUUGAAUGCGGCAUUCAAGCCAUCCGUCCACCAUACUCCUACGAUCGAAGAGCGAGGGCGCGAAAUGCAUGCACAAGAGCGAAAACGUAUCCUGUUUCGCCUAGUUCUUUGCAUCAUUGUCGCCAUCCCGACAUUCGUUCUUGGCGUUGUGUUCAUGAGCCUUAUCGACUCUAAGCAUCCUAUCCGCAGAUAUGUUAUGGGGACUAUGUGGGCGGGCAAUGUCACCCGGCUCAAUUGGGCGCUCUUUAUCCUAGCAACGCCAAUUUAUCUCUUCGCAGCCGAUACAUUCCAUCGCCGGGCGAUCAAGGAAGUGAAGGCUAUGUGGCGGCCAGGUAGCCGAACGCCUCUUUCGCACCGCUUCAUACGCUUCGGGAGCAUGAAUAUGCUUAUCUCACUUGGGACGAGCAUCGCAUACUUUGCGUCCGUGGUGGAGUUGGUAUUGGCUGCAACGAAGAAGUCAUCGGGUGCAAUGAAUGACUCGUAUUUCGAUGCAGUGGUCUUCCUAACCAUGUUCCUACUAAUUGGCCGAUUUCUAGAAGCCUAUAGCAAGGCGAAAACUGGAGAUGCCGUCACCUCGCUGGGUAAUCUUCGUCCUGAAGAAGCUAUCUUAGUUGACCCAGAAAAAGGAGAUACCAGGAUGGCAACCGAUUUGCUCGAGAUUGGUGACAUCGUCCGUGUUAAUCAUGGCACAUCACCGCCGUUCGAUGGAAACAUUCUUAAUGGUAGCUCUACCUUUGAUGAAUCUAGUCUCACUGGAGAAUCGCGCCCCGUCAAGAAGGGAGAUGGCGAUACUGUAUACUCGGGCACUGUGAACAAGGGUGCUCCGGUCAAUAUCAGAAUCACAACUGUCGCGGGUACAUCAAUGCUGGAUCAGAUCAUCAACGCUGUUCGUGAGGGGCAAACCCGAAGAGCCCCGGUCGAAAGAGUUGCCGAUACCAUCACUUCGCAUUUUGUUCCCUUUGUCAUUGCUGCCGCUAUUGCGACUUGGCUCGUGUGGCUCGUUCUUGGAACUACUGGUGCCAUACCCAAGGAUUGGAAGAAUGAAGGCGCUGGUGGCUGGGCUCUCUGGUCACUUCGCUUCGCCAUUGCUGUCUUCGUUAUCGCUUGCCCCUGUGGUAUCGGUCUAGCGGCGCCUACUGCACUCUUUGUUGGAGGUGGCCUCGCUGCAAAGCAUGGCAUCCUCGUCAAAGGAGGCGGAGAAGCUUUCCAGGAAGCUAGCUCACUCGAUUGCGUUGUAUUCGACAAGACGGGAACGCUCACUCAGGGCGGCGAUCCAGCUGUGACGAAUCACAAAAUAUCUGGCAAUCACAACUGUACGCUUGUUCUGGGGAUCGUGAAGGCGCUGGAGGAGAACAGCAACCACCCAGUCGCUCGAGCGCUGGUGUCUUUCUGCAAAAGCCAACUUCAUGACAUACCCGUAGCGGUUAACGUUGACGAAGUACCUGGAAAAGGCUUAAAGGGGACGUUCAGAGUGGAAGGGCAUGAUAUUACCGCAAUAAUUGGAAACGAAAGUUUCAUGGCUGAUCACCAUGUUCCUAUUUCCGCCGACAAUGCCGCAACGCUCCACACCUGGAAAUCUCGAGGAGAGUCGGUUGCGUUGGUAGCGGUUUUUCUAUCACAGCUAUCCCAUGAUUCACGGAAGUCCAUCGAUAAGCUUCCAGAGAGCUCUAAGGUCUCGGAGUCCCUGUCAACUGCAAUUACAGAAUCGCCGCUAUCACCAGCGUGGGACCUCGCAGGUCUCUUCUCGAUAGCGGAUCCUCUACGGCCGGAGGCUAUCAAUGUCAUUGAGGCGCUCAAAGCGCGUGAUAUUGAUGUGUGGAUGCUGUCCGGCGACAAUCCAAUCACUGCCAACGCUGUUGGUUCUCAAGUUGGAAUCCCAACCACCAAUAUCAUUGCAGGCGUGCUUCCGGAUCAGAAAGCGGAGAAGAUCAGAUUGUUACAGCGAACGCUGAUGAAGAGACGAAGGUCUAGCUUGUUUAGCAUCCCAAUCCUAUCAAAGAUGCGAGGCAAUAAGAAACGUGUUUGUGUCGCCAUGGUAGGCGAUGGUAUAAACGAUGCGCCUGCCUUGAGCACGGCGGAUCUUAGCAUCGCCAUCGGUUCUGGGUCCGACAUCGCCCUUUCCUCCUCCUCUUUCAUUCUCAUCAACUCCCGCCUGACAACAAUCCUCACACUUCUCGAUCUCUCGCGCGUGGUGUUCCGUCGCGUGUACUUCAACUUUGGCUGGGCGCUUAUAUAUAACUUAAUUGCUAUGCCUAUCGCAGCGGGUGUCUUAUUUCCUAUCACGACUGGAACGAAGCAUAUGGAUAUGCAUCAUAAUGGUAUGGCCAUGGAGGGUGGGAUGGCGAUGGAGAGUGGAGGAAAGAAACACAUUAGACUUGAUCCGGUGUGGGCUAGUUUGGCGAUGGCGUUGAGUAGCGUCAGUGUGGUCUGUAGUAGCCUGGCUUUGAGGAGCAGGGUCCCUGGGAUAGGGUUUCGAGUUAAGAAAGACGGCGAGAGGUCGUGAUGAAGCAUUGGGAGACGGAGAAUGUGUAAAGAUACUUACCGGUAUAUAGCACACAAUGGUAGCUAUCCUAAUCUUGGAUUUAUUUGUAUAUUACCU